GAGUCAUGUUCGAGCAGACUUUUCGAACUGGUUGAACACGGUACUGCUUGUUUCAGUAAAAUACAGUGCGGUUCAGAGUGGUACCCGUUCGAGCAGACCCUCGUGGAACGCCGAUGUACCACGCCCGUAGUGUCCACUAGUUGUAGUUAGCCCGAUCCAUGUUUUAGGUUGAGGCAGGAGCAGGGGUUACGCGGGUUCUGCGGAGGCAGAAGCACUGUCGUAAGAGUGAUCGCGCUGCGUUGAUUUACGGAAGCCUAAUGCUUAGGUGGUGUUGAGUCGCCUCAUUGCGUGAGCCGUGAGCCCCGUCCUGUAACCCUAAUGCGUGAACUAUGCGCCCUGCUCGGUAACUAGAGCGUGUGCCGGGGUGAACGUGGGAGAUCAUUCGUCAUCGGGUUUCGCGAGUUAGGGCGAUAUCAGGCUCCCACGAAGAAGGAGCGUUAAAAUAGGUAGCAUCCUGCUGGGAGUUAAAACAGGAGUUUAGCUGACAUAAUGCUGAAACGCGCAGCAGUUUAGGAGAGGCCCCGCUGGGUCAUACGCUUAUAGUAGUUUAGCCUUGGGGUGUUUCUAGAGUCAAGGAGGAGUCUUUAAAAAGCAAAGCGAGGCGACGCGAAAUGGGGGACAAUCAGGAGGGAGAGGACGCCAGGAGUAGGACCCAACGACCCGGCCCCACGUCUCCGUACCGCCCUCGGCAAUCCCGAGGUCAUAAUGUUAAAGAGACGACGCCUGAGUCGGCUCCACAGACGUCUCCGUACCGCCCUCGGCAAUCCCGGGGAGUCACUAGUAGUGACGCGACUCCCGAUUCGACUCAACACAAGUCUCCCUACCGCUCUCGGCAGUCUCGAGGUCCUAAUAGUAAUGAAACGACUUCUGAGUCGGCUCAGCAGAAGUCUCCGUACCGCCCUCGGCAAUCUCGAGGUGUCAAAAGCGACGCCUCGUCGUCUCCCUCUGAUCAGCCGUCGGCUGAUGGACCAACUCCCGCCGCCGACUCCGGCGAGGCUCCGCUACAGCUGGGGUUCCUCGCGACGCUCUCCAAGUCCAAGAAAUGGACGGACGACGACCUACCGGCGACAGACGCGCGACCAGAACACGCCUCCGCGAACGCCUCAUCGUCGUCGCACGCGUCGCGGCCAAAGCUGAUGCGAUCGAAGGCGUCAGUCGCACGGGCACCUGCUGCAGGAUCGGACCAAGAAGAGAACCCAGGAACGAACCUGGGAGCGAACCCAGGGCCGCACGCAGGGCCGACCCCAGGGUACGUCCACGGCCAUACGCACGUGCGCAAGCCGCGACGCCUCGCAACCUCCGCGACGAUCUCCGGAGGGGGAGGCAGGGCGGAAGGCGGAGGGGGAGGCGGAGGAGGGGGAGGCGGCGCAACGUUCGCGGAUAUAGGCAAGCGGGGGAAGGCUUCCGCGUCUGUUUCCUCCGGGGGCGAGGGCGGGGGGAGGAGACGGGCAGGCGCAGGGGCAGGCGGAGGGGGAGGCACAGGGGGAGGCGCAGGGGGAGGCGGAAGGGGAGGCAGAAAUCUUACCCCCUUGUCCACCGGAGGGGGCACCCCUACGAGCAGUUUCCACGAGAACGGGGAGGGCGGGGGGGGAAGCAGCAGUGAGGCGGGGAGCGGGCGCAGCAGAGGGAGAAGCCCUUUCCAGUAUUAUGACGAUGAUGAUGACGAUCUAAGCAGCCAUGCUGACUCGGAAAUGGAGGUAAAUUUCGAGGAGGUUUUGGGCCCGGCGUCGGGGUUUAACUGGAUCACUAGCAUCAGCGCCGCGUCUACCCCUUCGUCCACUUCUUCGUCGAAUAGGGUUACCAGGUUCGCCCCGAGCACGCCCCCGCAUCCGCUGGCGUCUGGGGUUCACCCGUCGUUUGCGAGUAACGAGCAUGGGGUGCUCGCAUCGGCAGCAGCAGCAGCAGCGGCAGUGGCAGCAGCGGGGGGAGGAGUGGGGGCAGCGGGGGGAGCAGCAGGGAGUGGAAAGGAGGCGUUUAAGACUGAAGUAGAAGUAUUUAUGAGGCAGUCGGAGGGGGUCGUGGGGCUGCAUCUUCUAGAGGGGCUUGCGCCUAGGGGCUCUAAACGAAAGCAGACUAAAAAGAAGGUGCUUGUAAGGAAAGUGAGGGAAGAAACGAAGAAGAUGGACUUUUGGGGGGAGGGGAGCGGGAGUGAGGACGGGAGGAGGCCGGGGAGGAGGAAGGCGAAAGGGGGGAAGGCUGGGGGGGAAGGGGAAGCAGGGGAGGUGGUUGAGCGGAAGUUUGGGAGUUUGGGGGAGAGGAGGAGGCGGGAAAAGGGGGGGGGAAAGGCGGGGGGAAAGGCAGGGGGGGCAGGAGGGGCAGGAGGGGCAGGGGGGGACGGGGCGGAAGGGGGAGAGGGGGUCGCGGGGAGCGUAUUGAGGGGAGGAAGCCGGGGGAAAAGGGGAGAGUCGGAAGAAGGUGGAGGGGGAGGGGAAGCGGGAGAUGAGGGGGAGGAAAGCACGGGGAAGGAACGUAGAAGCUUCAAAGAACUGGGGGAGAGGGAGGAAGGCAGGGGGAAGGGCAGGAAAGGGCUGGGUUACGGGGGGAGUAAGUCAGUGGCAGCAGCAGCAGUGCGUAGGGCUCGGCGGAGUACAUCUAGUGGGGGGGAAGGGGACAUUACUGGUGUGAGUAGUGGCGAGGGGGAUGGUGCUGCUGCCACUGGUGACACGAGUUGGACAGGUGGGGCAGGUGGGGCAGGUGAAAAGACCUCGUUUGCUGCCCUGGGCAGGGCUAAAAAGGCCCCGGGCAGGUUAUCUGUAGCGAGUCCUGGCGGCGGGGAUGGCUCCAGGGUGGAUCCAGCAGACGAAGAAGGGUCUUUCAUUGCCCUGGGCAGGCGAAAUUCCCGAGAGAACUUGUCCGCUGAUUUGGGCAGGUCGAAAAAUGAUGCGUUGACGCCUAAGGGAUCUACUACUCCCCCGUUGGCUGGGCUACCCGAGGUUAAAAAGAAUCUAGAGGCGGAGGAGGAUUUAAGUAAAGUGGCAGGUGUGGCAAAGAAAUGGGUGAAAAAAAGCAAGAAUGCCAAGGAGGGCGAUGAGGGAGGGGAGAGUGACGAGGAGGAAGGGGCGAUUGUCGGUUUUGGAACCCAGGUGAAGGAUGCGAAGAGAGGAAUUGGGGGGUCGAAAGCGGUGGGAGUCUCUUGGGAGGGGUUGAAAUCGGCUGCUGGGUUGAUAGGGGGAGGGGUUGGGGAGGAGGGUGAAGAGAAAGCGGGAGGAGGAGCAGGGGGAGGGUCAUUAUCUGGGAAGUUGGGAGAGGGAAAAGGGGGAGGGGCGGGGCCGGAUCUUUACCCCGGCCUCCCCCUCCCCCCUGGCCUCGUCCGCCCUAAGACUCCCCCUCCCCUUAACGCCUCACUGGGAAAUGCCGGCUUAAAGGCUCCUCCCCCUCCCCCACCCCCGCCUCCGCCUCCUCCUGGGGGCAAAGGUGCGCCUCCCCCGCCCCCUCCUCCUCCCCGUCCCCCCGGCGCCAAGGGACCCCCUCCCCCUCCGCCGCCCCCAGGCUCCAAAGCCCCCCCUCCGCCUCCCCCUCCCCCUGGCGGAAAGGGUCCCCCCCCGCCCCCGCCUCCCCCAGGUGCAAAGGGGGCAGGGCCUCCCCCUCCCCCGCCUCCCCCAGGCGCCAAGGGGGGACUUCCCCCUCCGCCCUCGCCUGGGUUCAAGGGGAAGGGUCCGCCUCCCCCCCCUGGGGGGGCGUUUGGGGGGAAGAGAGCGCUGGUGGACUGGGGGGGAGUGACGAACGCGGAUGGCACCAUAUGGGCGUCCGAGCUUGACUUUGACAUUGAUAUCGGCGAGCUGAGGCAGCAGUUUGAGCCCAAGGCAAAGACUGCUUUCAAGAAGGCCGAGCAGCCAGUGAAGAAGCAAGUGAUCCGCAUUAUCGACAUGCAGAAGUCACGGAAUGUGGAGAUCUCCCUUCGCAGCAUGAAGCUUCACCCGAACGAUCUAGUGGUCGCUGUGCUGAGUGUUGACACGUCCACCAUAGGCGAGUGGUGCGACAGCCUGGUGGAAACCCUGCUCAAGUAUGGCCCAGACGACAAGGAGAAGAGGCUGCUGCGGGAGUUCAAAGGGAACGUGGAGGACCUGGGCCCUUGUGAGCAGCUCUUCCGAGCGCUGCUGGGGGUCCAGCGACUGGAGCCCAAGCUGAAGGUCUUACAGUACAGAAUAUUCCUGGCGGAGAGGGCGCCAGAGCUUGCAGACACAAUCAAGUUCGUCACUCUGGUUUCACAAAAGAUCCAAGAGUCCCAGAAGCUGCAGCACGUGCUGCUGGUGGUGCGAGACAUUGGCAAUAAACUCAAUGAAGGAACCAAGAAGGGCAAGGUGGUUGGAUUCGCCGCCAAUGAUCUUAACAAGGUGGCCAACACCAAGGGCUUCAUGGCUUAUCUGAUCAAGGUGCUGAGCGAGUGCCGCCCCGAGUGGCUCUACUUCUGGAAGGACUUCACAGAUGGGUCGCGCAACCUGCUGAACGAGGCAAUCAAGGUGGACCAGAAGGGGUUGGCGGAGGUGGUCGGGGAGCUGGACAGAGGGAAGGUGCUGGUCGAGCGAGAGCUGAAGGAGUGCGAGAAGAUGGUGGAGGAGGAGAAGAAGAAGGAGGAGGAGAGGGAGAAGGAGAAGAAAACGAAAGAGGAGGGGGAGAAGGGGGAGGGUGAGGGUAAGGAUGGUGAGAAGGCAGAUAGUGAGAAGAGUGGCGAGACAAAAGGAGAGGGGGAGAAGGAAGGGAAGGGAGAGGGAGGAGGAAAAGGGGAUGAGGGGGAGAAAAAGGAGGAGAAGAAGGAGGAGGGGAAGAAGGAGGAGGAGAAGGAGGAGAAGAAGGAGGAGGAGAAGAAGGAAGAUGAGCUACCAUUGAAGCAUGCGGAUACACAGAGGGCCAUGCAGCUGUUCUACGACGAGGAUGUGGUGCGAUGGCACGCCAGCGUGCACGGGCUGAUAGAUGAAAUGAACGCCAGUGCUGAGAAUCUCGCUCGAAAGUUUGGCUCGGACCCCAAAUCGACGUCCUUCACACUUAUCUUUGGCGUGCUGAGAGACUUUGUGGAUCUCUUCAAGAAGAAUCUGGUGGAGUAUGAGAAGAAGAAGAAGGCCGAGGAGGAGGCUGCCAGGGAGAAGGCGAAGCCCGCUUUGAAGCAGCAGAGGGAGCAGCGGGAGCAGCAGCGGGAGCAGGAGAAGCAACAGAAAGCGCAGCAGGAGAAGCAGCAGCAGCAGCAACAGCAGCAAAGGCAGGACGCGGCAGCAAAAACCGCAGCAGUGGAGGGUGAGGAGGAAGAGGACGAGGAAGGGGAGGGGAGUGAGGAGAGCGAGGAGGAGAGAAGAGGAGCUGGGGGCGGAGGGGGGGAGGUUGCCCCAGGGGUAGGGGGGGCAGCGCGAGCAAUGCUGGCAGGGGCGAUCACUAGAAGGAGAGCACCAGUGGAUGAGGAUGAGGACAGCGAGGAGGAUGAUUGGAGUGAUUAGAAGCACCAGGGAAGGUGGAAGGGGGGGGUUUCCCCAGGGGUAGGGGGGGCAGUGCGGGCAAUGCUAGCAGGGGCGAUCACGAGGAGGAGAGCACCAGUGGAUGAGGAUGAGGACAGCGAGGAGGAUGACUGGAGCGACUAGAGGGGUAUAGAAGAUGAGGUGCAGCAGGGGUGGAGGGGGGGAGAGUGCCCCAGGGGUAGGGGGGGCUGCGCGGGCGAUGCUGGCUGGCAGGGGCGAUAACGAGGAGGAGAGCACCAGUGGAUGGACAAUGAGGAGGACAACUGGAGGGACUAGAGGGGUAUAGAAGAGAAGGGCGAUCAUGAGGAGAUGGGCGCCGGUGGAUGAGGAUGAGGAUAGUGAGGAAGACGACUGGAGUGACUCGUGGGCGGAUGGGUGCCAGUAUGGGGCAGUAAGGGGCGGUAUGGGGCGGUAUGGGGCUGGAGCAAUUUUGAGGAGACGGGCACCGGUGGAUGAGGACAGCGAGGAGGACGAUUGGAGCGACUAGAGGGGGAUGAGGGUGGAAGGAAUUAGUGAUCCAUCACGAGGGGGCGGGCGCUGGUGGGUGCUGACGAGGAUUGAGUCUGACCGAAACAAGGACAGCGAGGAGAGGAGGACGACUGGAAGAUGUUAGGAUCGGAGGGCCAGGGAGGGAUGAAGUGGUUCCGGCAACUGUAAGAGCGGACCUCUGCUCUGCUGCAACUUAUGGGAAUCGCCGAGCCUAAUCGUGUUUGGAGGGCCAGGGAUGUGGAGGUUCAGGCUGCAGGCAACUGUUGUUGGGAGGGGCGAUGCUAAGUGCUUCAGGUUACCAGUAGUCAAGGGAGGUGUAACUAGGUUAGGGUGUAUGCGGUGGUGGUGUGGUCGUGUAUGAGGUUGUUUCUAAUAUAGCGUGUGGGUAUCCGCAGUGUAAGAGAUGAGUUCGGGGGGAAGUGUGCUACCAUAGUUACUCCCUAUUGAUUUAUAACUUGUACCAGAGAAGGCGUCUAGUGGACUGUUUUGUGAGAUGUUUUGCGCCUGAUAAACUGUUUUGAUCAUGCAAUAAUGUGGUUGCUUCCAG